CGAGAAAAAGAGAAACACUGUAUUUGUUUACAGUAAAUAGGUAAUAUGGACAAAAAUGCGUAUGAGACUUACGAAUUUCUACCAUCCAAUGGUAGUGAAACUGAACCGGACCAGUUUUUCGUUCUUCAAGAUGAUGGAACUUUUCUCUUAAAUAGACAGGUCCAGUAUGUAGCUCAGGUACAAGAUGUGAAAGAAGUGCUGGAGGAUGUCCAGCCGUGUACUGUGUACGGAGUGUCUUCACAACAGUUCUUUGUAGAUGUUGACAAUUCUGCUGAACUCAUCUCUGUGUCUGGUGACUUUGAACAAAAUCAGUUCAUAUUACCAGAGGGGGACAAUGGCCUGUACAGCAAUAGUUUUCUUUUGCAACCAAGCACAAGUGGCACUACAGAACCGAUGGAGGAGGAUGUUAUUGUUGAUCAGUAUAAACAGCAAAACACACAGGAUGUGGAUGUGGAUGUUGACGUAGAUGUUGUCACACACACUAGUAAACAAGGGAAUAAUUUUACUGAGAUAACACUAAGUGAUGAACAGUACCAAAUGUUGGAACAGAAAGGCUGGAUACUGCUGGAGUCAAAUGACAAGAUAUUUGUAUUAAAUACCUUGGGGCUACAUGACAUCACUACUAAUGAUAAACUGAUACAGAAAUUGAAAAACGAAGCACAAAAUGGUGCUAGCAACAUUUUGGGUGUUGAUGAAGGAACACUUAAAAUAGAAAGUAUUUCGGAACAGUUCCCCCAAAUUGGAGCAGAUUCAUUGUCCAGUCAACAAGACACCGUAGAGUUUGUGAUAAAAGGUGAAGAGCCGAGCGAUACCAUAGAAAGCGUACAGUUAAUCGUCGAUGAUAAAGAUUCACCUGAAAAUACAAUUUCAGACAUAACCACGGAAAAGUUUGAGGAAAUAAGUAUGAAAGAAGAAUAUCCAAGUGAAUCUCUAGUAAGGGAGAUGCUUGCACAACCGAAACCAAACAUUACACUUGACAACGAGCCGCGAUCUAUUAAAAUUAAAACCAAACUUACAUUCAAAGACAUUCCGGAUAAAAUCGUACUGGGAAAAUCUGCUAAUGGAAAGCGAUUGGUAGCUAAAGUUAGAAAACCACAAUCAAAUAUACGUGAACAACAUAAGGUCGAGAAGUCUGAAGAUGAUCAAGUUUUGAAACAAGUAGAUGAAAAUCAACAGUAUAAUGUGACCGGUCUACAUGAAUUGGAUUUCGUGAAUCUCAUCCAAACGACGUUACGAGCCGGCAUACAGCCGAGUUUUACUGAGGAGGACAUUGCAUCAGCUGAAGGUGUCAUCACACAACUACUUAAGAUGCCCAAUUUGAAGCAUUUUCUAGUUGGAUACGACCUAAUUGUAACUAAGGCGAAGAACAAUAAGGACGAGUUUGGCUUGAUUUACAAUAGAAGCUCAGUGUCGUUUAUAACGGGGCGUGUGGCAGAUAAGGACGGUAGCCCUGGCUUCGAACAUGUACCUAAUUUACUGCAGACUAUCAAACAGAAAGCAGAAGAACAAAACGUUUCACAAAGCGACGAAGUAUACAGUUGCAUCGAAGAGAAAGAAGCCAAGGAGAAUUUCACUAUCUACCACAUCCACAUUACUGAAACGAAGUGCUCCGACAAUGUAGUCCGGGUUUCCGUCACAUUAAAUAAACGACAGCUUCCUGUGAAUUUGGUGUUUGAUCUGAAAAAACGUUACCCCACCACUGUCUUCGGGUGCAGUUCUUGUGCGGCCCUGUUUAAAACUGAGCAAGCUUUGAAAGAACACCAAGAGAACUGUAUAGACACCGAUGACAUGUUGACCAUCGAUACUACUAACAACACUAAUUCGGAAAACGAUGACGUCAUUAUCGACAGAACAGGCAAAGAAACUGUAUUCUCCUGUGCACAGUGCAAUGUCACAUUCACAAAGCUGAGCAACAUACAAAGGCAUAUGAAAUCUCAUCUAGGUACAAAACAGCAGAUUCUUCAAACAACCAGAGUGCUAAAACAAGGUCUAGACCCAAAGCCGGCCAAAAUAUUCAAGUGUAAAAUGUGUCCUAGCACUUAUUUCCAUUCAGCUUCUCUUUCGAAACACAUAGUUACCAGGCAUAUUAAAGUGAAAGCAAAUAAAAAUGAAAACUAGUAA